GAACUGCCUAUUUCUGUGCCUGAAAACAUGCCACACCUCGGCACAGCCAAAGUGUGGCUUCAUAUCUCUCAAGUGAUUACCACUUUCAUGACCAUUUGUAUGGUGGCACCUAUCAUCUCUACAGAGUCCAGAUUUUAUGGCGGAAGUCAACCGGGACCAAACUAUACUCUGUUUGUGGCUAUUAUCAGUAUUGCCAUACCCAUUAUUCUGAUUUACUUCCCUUGGAUGUACGAUCGCAAGAACAAGUUCAAGAAGCUUGGCAAGUUUUGUCUCAAGCCCCGUACCAACAUGAUCUUCACAAGUUUCUAUUCCGUUCUCUGGGGAACGGCCGGUAUCGCGAUUACAGUGCAUGCCAACAAUCCUGACCAUUGUAACUUUGACGGUGAAAUGCAAGAGAACUAUGGCAACGACUACACCAGUGCAUGGACAACACAGUGUAAUUUGGCGAAAGCAGCGGCUGGAUUUACGUGGAUUACUUGUUUGUUAUGGGUGGCAACACUUAUUUGCACGUUGAUUAUUUUCUGGAAUGAAAAGCAGCUGAUCCAAAAGAAUCUCCGCACUCACGAGAUGAACAAGCAAGCGGCGCUGGGUAUGGCCAACGAUGUGGAAAAUGGCCAGUACCAGACCGCGCAUCCGGGCUAUUACGAAGAAGACGAUGCCCACGUCAAUGUUCGCCCUCAAUCGCUGGAUCAGGCUCGUCCACUGAACAAUGUCUCGCCUCCACCUAUGCACGAAGCGUCUCCUUUCGAGUCACCGUACGAUCCACCCGUUCAGCCGGCCUACUAUCAA